UAUCGCGAGAUUUCCUCUGUUUUUUCUGCGACUUUUGCACUCGUCUCCUUUAGCACGGAGAAAAGGGCUGAAACAGGGUGAGUCUGCACUUUAGCCCACUCUUAAAAUCAUUACAGACGCGUGCAGGUACAGGUAUUUUACCGCUAGUGUGGAGAAGAGGCCCAGCCGCGCUUAGAAACAUGGAGAUUAUAGAUAUCCUCCCCGCCAACUUCGGCUACGUGAUCCUGACCUACCUGUACAGCUGGAUCAUGCUCACCUACCUCGCCGUUAAAGUUGGAGGCGCGAGGAAGAAAUACAACAUUAAGUACCCCACCAUGUACAGCGACAAGGAGGACGUGUUCAACUGCAUCCAGAGGGCUCACCAGAACACACUGGAGGUCUACCCACAGUGGCUCGUAUUCCAGACCAUUGCUGCACUCGUGUAUCCAACCGUGGCCUCUGUUCUGGGUGUCAUCUGGGUGACCAGCAGGUUCUCGUAUGCCUGGGGUUACUACACUGGCAACCCUGUAAAGAGGAUGAACGGGAGCUAUGGCUACAUAGGCCUCUUUGGAGUGAUGAUCCUCUCCAUAUCUGUUGCCCUGCAGCUCCUUGGAGUGUUUUAAGAGCCUCUGAACACUAACCACAUUCUCAGCACUGACCAUUUCAAAGUUAUAAAGGCAUUUUUCAUUUUCAUAUUUAAAAUGCAUUUUAUAUUUCUUCCACACAUUGCUCUACAGAAUGUGAAAAUGUACUGUUUCUGUUAGACCACUAUUAGUUUGUAUACUGUUUAUCAUGUACCGCACAUUGACUUGUACUUAACAUUUCUCUUAAUACAAUAAAAGCAUUUCAAUCAUGCUGAA